AUGCAUCUCACACUCAGACAACUCCACACAUACAUCUCACACUCACCCAAUCCACACACAUCUCACACUCGGCCAACUCCACAUACAUCUCACACUCAGACAAUUCCACAUACAUCUCACACUAAGCCAACUCCACACAUAUCUCACACUCAGCCAACUCCACACACAUCUCACACUCAGCCAACUCCACACACAUCUCACACUCACCCAAUCCACACACAUCUCACACUCAGACAACUCCACACAUAUCUCACACUCAGACAACUCCACACAUACAUCUCACACUCAGCCAACUCCACAUACAUCUCACACCCAGCCAACUCCACACACAUCUCACACUCAGCCAACUCCACACAUACAUCUCACACUAAGCCAACUCCACACACAUCUCACACUCUGCCUACUCCACAUACAUCUCACACGCAACCUACUCCACACAUACAUCUCACACUCACCCAAUCCACACACAUCUCACACUCAGCCAACUCCACACACAUCUUACACUCAGCCAACUCCACACACAUCUCACACUCCGCCAACUCCACACACAUCUCACACUCAGCCAACUCCACAUACAUCUCACACUCAGACAACUCCACAUACAUCUCACACUCAGCCAACUCCACACAUACAUCUCACACUCAGCCAACCCCACACAUACAUCUCACACUCAGCCAACUCCACACAUACAUCUCACACUCAGACAACGCCACAUACAUCUCACACUCAGCCAACUCCACACAUACAUCUCACACUCAGCCAACCCCACACAUACAUCUCACACUCAGCCAACUCCACACAUACAGCUCACACUCAGCCAACUCCACACAGAUCUCACACUCAGCCAGCCCCACAUACAUCUCACACUCAGCCAACUCCACAUACAUCUCACACUCAGCCAAUGCCACACAUGCAUCUCACCUGCAGCUGACCAACACAAUAACACUCAUCCACCACAUACAUCCUAGAAAGGUGGGGAGAGUAACGGGGGCAUUAUUUAUUUUUUUACUGAGUGGUUCCUAGUUACACCCUGGGGAAUGCUAUAUUUUUCUGUUCUCUGUGAUGUGUCUUUUAUGGACUGUUAAUUCAUUUUAAACAAGCAUACAUUUCCAUUGGUAUGAGUGACAUUGUUCAUUGGUGAGGGUGAUUCCCACAGUCCCACUCAUGGGAGAACAAGCACUAA